UACGCGUACUUGGUGACGACAAUGCGGUCAUGCUAACGCAUAAAAGAAUUGGUUGUAUAGUGUGUUAAUUGAAGUCAACUACUUGCUUUCCUGUGUGCGUUGCAUUAAAGGCCAGAGCAAGGAUUUAGCGUGUUCGUUUCGAAUCGAUCAGCUGUUCACGAAACUGUUGUCACAUAUAAGUGCUAGAUAUGGGGGACACUCACUUACUAGCGACCAAAUCAGAAUAUCAAGAAAAUCAACAGAGGUGCUUUGACUUUGCUGCAGAGAGGGAAAAUUCUGUAAAAUCUUUGCUUACUUCUCUUUCUGUACGAGACUCUGGAGAUAUGAAAAAGCAGGCAGAUCAACAAUGUGACACUACGAGGAAUAACAUGGAUGGACUGAGCUCAGAGAAACUUCUCCAGGAGAAAUUGUCCAGUAACUACAAAGACAUACUUGGUGAACUAGGUGAAGAUCCUACAAGAGCAGGUCUUCUAAAAACCCCAGAAAGGGCAGCAAAAGCUCUGAUGUUUUUCACAAAAGGAUACAGGGAAAGUAUGAACGAUGUUUUGAAUGAUGCCAUAUUUGAUGAGGACCAUGAUGAAAUGGUGAUAGUGAAGGAUAUAGAGAUGUUUUCUAUGUGUGAACAUCAUAUGGUGCCUUUUAUGGGGAAGGUGUCCAUAGGAUAUUUACCAAACAAGCGGGUUCUUGGUUUAAGUAAACUAGCUAGGGUAUGUUCUAUCUUCUCCAGAAUUGUUGAAGUAUUCAGUAGAAGACUGCAAGUUCAAGAAAGAUUGACGAAGCAGAUUGCUGUGGCACUCACAGAAGCUGUGCAGCCAGCAGGUGUGGGAGUUGUUAUAGAAGCUACACAUAUGUGCAUGGUCAUGCGUGGUGUACAGAAGAUUAACAGUAAGACUGUGACAAGUACUAUGCUGGGUGUCUUCCGAGAAGAUCCGAAAACCCGCGAGGAAUUCCUCUCUCUCAUUAGGUGAUAAUGGAGAAAGAAUUUAAAAGUUGACGUCGACGAAGGACAAAAAAUAUUUAAUUAUGUUGCUAUAUUAGCAUUUUGUGUCUAUAUUCCAAGAUUUCUUGACAUUCUGUGAAAAAAAAAUAAUACAUGGUGGUGUUUGUACAGUUUUAUUAUAUAUUUUACAAAAA